CACCAUCACCAACACCACUAACACACAGCAGAAAAAUGAAACGGAAAUGUAAUAUACCGGAAAUGUCAUGGCUAAUUGUUGCAAUUUGCCUUAAUUGUUAUGUUAUAUUCAGUAGUGCUAGUGCUAGUGUUAGUGCUGCCGAAAAAUCUCCAUAUACCACAUCCUCAUCGACAUACACAUCAGCCUCAAUAAAGUCUACCGUUUCAGCGUUCUCAACGGCCAGCAGUAGUGAAUUAAUUUUGCCAUUAUCUGAAGUACAAUUCACGACCCUUCAACCCACCGUGAAUGCAUUCACAAAAUUAACCAACAGCACCUCAUUGUCAGCCACUGUGGCCACCAUGGUCACCUCUACACACUUGUCGUCUAAUGCCAUAUCCGCUGGGGUGUCAACCGAACAAAGGCGGCGUCCCAAACGUGGAACACAUUCAUCACCGGAUGGCCGCCACAUCGAUGUGGAUGUGGAUAAUGAUGACGAUAUGGAUGUCGAUGACAUGCAUGGCCAUUUACAGCAUGGCCAUCAUGGCGAUUUGGUGGAUGCGGAUGAUAUGUAUUUACAUAAUAUCGACAAUAUAGGCUAUCAUCAUGAUGGCACUGGCCUCUUGCCGCAUGAACUACCAGAACAUGAUCAUAUCGCACAUCAUUUGGCAGAAAUGCAAACACAUGAAGAGUUAUUGGAGGAUAUCAGAGAUGAUACUGGCGUCAACAUAAUUCCCGACAAAGAUCUGCAUAAAUUUGGAGAGCCAUUACAAAAUGUCACCGUACCUGUAGGCCGUGAAGCAGUUCCAAUCAGCUUCAAUGGAUCAUUUCUUACAAUUGCCAAAGUGAAGCGUUUAAAUAUGGGUGCAUAUCUGUGUAUUGCCUCAAAUGGCAUACCACCAUCAGUAAGCAAAAGAGUUAUGCUGAUUAUACACUUUCCGCCAAUGAUUUGGAUACAAAACCAAUUAGUGGGUGCAGCAAUUGGACAGAAUAUAACGCUGGAAUGCCAAUCGGAAGCAUUCCCGAAAUCAAUAAACUAUUGGAUGAAAAAUGACACAAUUAUAGUACCGGGUGAACGCUUUGUCCCCGAAACAUAUGAAAGUGGCUAUAAAAUCACAAUGCGUUUGACCAUAAAUGAUGUUGACGCACAGGAUUUUGGCUCAUAUCGUUGCGUUGCCAAAAACUCGCUCGGCGAUACGGAUGGAGCAAUUAAACUUUAUCACAUACCACAAACCACAACUGUGACAACUUUAGCACCGACUGUCUCAACGAAUACAGUACCAAUGUUGGUAACUAAAUACCAUAAAGAACAACGUUAUAACUUUCAACAAAAUAAUAACAAUAAUAAUAAGAAUGGCAACAAUGGCAGCAAUAACUACAAUCAUAAAGUGCAACAACGCACAAAAUCAAAAAUGGAUUUUCCCCAACAGCAGAACAAUGUCUACUUGGGUGCAACCUCAACGAUGUGGAAUACACAACAGCAGCAACAGCAACAUCAACAGGAUCGUUAUGUUGUCAGGGGCGAACAAUACCAAGGACCUGAUCAUCCCAACUAUCGUGGUAAUUUCGAUAGCAAAAAUCUACAGCAUGAUGCCAAUUCACUGUCGUUGGAAAACAAUGAGGUAUACAAUGGCAGUGGCAAGAAAAUGGUGGGUACUCUACUAUACCUAAUAACAGCAUCCAUAAUGGGCCAUUUGACCCAUUAUGUGUUUCAGCAAAUCAUAACAUGGGUGCAGGCACCACUAGCACCCACAUACCUGGCCGUGGUGUAGCAAUUAUCGAUAAAUUAAUGAACACUAAGCGAAGAAAAAAAAAACAAAUAAA